AUGAUUGUGCAUAAGAUAGUAAUCCUCGCGUGGCUAGUGGGACUCGUCUCAGCUGGUGGAGGAGGCGGCUAUAGCGGUGGCGCCGCUGUCGGCCCCUACGGUGGCCCGGGUGGCGCAGCCGUAGCGGCCGAUUUCAAUCCGGUCCUUUUGCAAGGAGUCCGAGGUUAUCCUGGGAUACGAGCACGAAUCAACCAACGAGCGUUCCAGUACGCUAGUGGAAUGAUAGGCGAUGUGCUGAAUCAGGAGAUUAAAAAAGCUAGAAUACCACCGAUUACGCAGUGCAUCCCACAGGUCAAUGGCUGUGUACAAAUUUACAACCUUUACGUUUCACGGUACCGUUGCCCACAAAGGGUUGUCAUCUACCCAGCACCUCCAAAUAGACUUGUUUUACAAGUUCAAAAUUUGGAUAUCGGAAUUACUGGUAAUCUUGGUGGUCAAAUCGUUAUCCUUUUGCCCAUAGCACUUACCGGAAUCGUUCAAGCGAAUAUCCAUCAGGCAUCUAUAUCCGUCGAAUUAACUAUCGAACGAGGACCACAUGGUCCAUAUCUGCGACUCGUAAAUUGUAAUGUUCAAGUUGGAUACGUAGACGCCUACAUCGAGAAUGGUGGCUUGAUUGGUGACAUUGUCAACUCGCAAUUUAGGUCACGUAUUUCCAACCAAGUGCGACAGAUGAUUCCUAGCCAAAUUUGCAAUCAACUACCUCAAAUAAUCAAUGAGAAAGUGAACACCAAAUUGGCCGGUCUACCACAGGCCGUAGGUGUUUCACAAAUGCUCAGUCUAUUCAGUGGAGCAUUGAUGGGACUUGGUGGAGCCCCCAGUCAGCAAUAUUGUCAAACUCAAUGCAAAGGGCCUGCAGCAUCGCAGCUGCCAGUUCCACAAACCGCUGUGGCCCCAGCAGCCGGUCCCGCAGCGACAGCACCUGUCAAUGUCUCACCCGCACAAGCACCACAAAUUCCUCAAGCUGCCUACAAUGAGAAACCCGCAGUGGCAAGAGGUACACCACAACAAGUCUACCAUACAAAUCAGGCUACCACUUUACGUAAAAUUGCACAACCGUCUCGUCCUGUCGCACAAGCUGCACCUCCACGUCGUUUCCGUGCUGUACCUUUCCGCCAAGGAAACGAGCGGAAGACGCUCUACAUCCCAACCGAACGAGUGAAACGAGAAGUAGCUCGAAUCUAUCGUGUUACCAAUGGUAACGCUGUGCCUACCGGUGUCGCGACCGUCGUGCGACUGCAAAGAGGCGCUGGUGGUGGAUACGAUGUGCAGCCGUACCCGGCGGCUGCAGUUGGAGGAUACCAAGGGCAACAAGGAGGAUUCCAAGGGCCGCCACAGGGAGGCUUCGGUGGUAACAGAUUCGUGGGACCACGUCUUCCACCUCCACCUCCUGUGCGUGGUGCUCCACCACCAUCAUUUUCGCCUCCUCCUGUCAAUCUCUGCGCUAAAUGUCCGGCUGCCAGUGGAGGCGGUGAAGACCCAAUGCAAUUCCUCAAACUACUCGGCGGACAACUUGACAUGCGCAAGCUCAAUGAUCUCUACCUCUCACUUCAAUUACUGAAUACUCAAGCGACCUCAAAUGAUUUCACCAUUGAUCUCAGCGGCGAAUUUAGUCCGAAUGCGCAAGGAGGAACACCAUUCGGAGCAUUCCCCGUCACAUUCCCCUCUUACUACGAUAAUCAUAUGGCUGAAUUUAUCCUUUCCGACUAUACGAUCAACUCUUUGUUCUACUGGUUGCAUAGAAAACAGUUCUUGUCCUUCCGCAUUGGUCCAGAGACUCCCAAAAUUGGUGAGCUUCUGAAAACGACCUGCAGUGAUGAUGAGGAUGACGAAUUGGAGGCCACAGAAGUUGAGCUCGAUGAACAAACUCGUCGUCGACGUGCCCGAAAGUCAAGGAAGACCUUGAGGCGAUCAAAACGAGGUGCAUCCACUCUAACUACUCUGCUGUCACUAAGAAUGAAAGGAAAACGAGGAAAGCGACAAGAUGAUGCUGCUGGAGGAUUGGCUGACUUGGGCAUCUGCUUUGGUGAUAUACUACCAGCCGUUAGGGAAAAGUAUCCAAACCAGAAAAUUGCUAUACAACUUCGAACAGCUCGGGCACCAUCUAUCAUACUCAGUGCUGCCCGCGGAGGCAUGUUGACCGCGGAUCUCGUUGCAGAUGCGGAUAUCUAUAUAGAUGGCACCAACAAUCGGGUGGGUACCAUCACGCUCGCCACUACCAUAAUACUAGUGGCGCACCUGCAAGGAAAUCGGCUAAGUGGAUCAGUUGAAAUCGCAAACCUAAAGCUGACAGACAGGACCGGUUCAUUGGGAUUGCCGCAAGAUGCGCUGGAUAACCUAGGAAACCUCGGAAAAGAGUUAAUCCAAAAACUAGCCAAUGAUGCACUACAAAAAGGUAUCCCCAUAAACAUUCCUCUAAAUGGACUAGGUGGUCUCCCGAUUAACAUCGUGAACCCAGAAGUCCGUAUCAUAGAACAUGGACUGUACAUUGCAACCGACUUGACUAUUUCGCCAUCAUUGUUAGGAGUUGGUAAUGGCGGUUGUUAUUAG